AUGGGUUUAAGUGAAAAUGAUGUCGCAAAACAGAUUCAACAUAUGAUUGCAUUUAUUCAACAAGAAGCCGCUGAAAAAGUUGAAGAAAUCGAAGCAAAAGCAGAAGAAGAGUUUAAUAUUGAAAAAAGUCGUUUAGUUUCUCAACAACGUGUUAAAAUAAUUGAAUAUUAUGAUAAAAAAGAAAAACAAAUAGAAUUACAACGAAAAAUUCAACAUUCAAAUUUAGCUAAUGCCAGUCGUCUGUCUAUUCUUAAAGCCCGUGAUGAUUAUGUUCAAGCUUUAAAAGAAGAAGCAGGACAACGAUUAUCUAUCUUAACACAAAAUCGAUCCAAAUAUAUAUGUAUACUUGCAAAUCUUAUUACACAAGGCCUUUUAAUACUUAUGGAACCAAAUAUUAUGAUAAAAUGUCGACAAGAUGAUUAUGGUCUUGUUCAAAGACUUAUUCCCGAUGCUAUGCGACGAUAUCAACAAAUCUUACAAAUAGAAAAUAUAAAUACUACUAUUGAUGAUAAGAAUUUCUUAGCUGAUAAUAUAGCUGGUGGUAUUGAAUUUUAUGCAUUGGAAGGAAAAAUCAAAGUAUCAAAUACAAUCGAAACACGUCUUGAAAUGAUUUUCAAUCAAAUGUUACCUGAGAUUCGACAAGAUUUGUUUGGUAUUAAUCAACACCGAAAAUAUUAUGAUUAA